CAUAUACAUAUAUAUUUAUAGAUAUGUAUAGUUUGCUUUUGCUACAGUAGAAAAUCAGUGUGCAAGAAGUGGCUAGAAACAGAGUCAUAAGUUUAUAGUUGUAUUCAUCUAGUGUUUUUUUAUAUUCCCUCUUCCUGUGUGUCCCUUAACAUUUAUAAUCAACAAAGUCCAGAUAAGACGUUUAAUUUCUCUACGUCAAUGUUGUACGUCGUUAACGUUGAGACGCGCCCUCCACUGACCUUGAAAUACUAUAAAAAGUAAAACAAAAGUUAAAACUAAAUGUCCAACUUAUAACUAGUGACUAGUCCAGUACUCAGUUUCAUGUUAUAGCAGGAGCUAAAAGUGAUUGUCAAAAAUAACAUCAAGUUUAAAUUUUUCUCCACCGGGCGCUUGGACUUUCUAUCACUUUUUUUGCUCACAAUUCUUGGGGUUGAUAAAUUAUUUUAUUAAAAUGGCUAAAAAAACAUACGAUUUGUUAUUCAAAUUAUUGCUCAUCGGGGAUUCAGGGGUUGGAAAAACUUGUAUAUUAUUCAGAUUCUCCGAUGAUGCUUUUUCAACAACGUUUAUUUCUACAAUAGGAAUAGAUUUUAAAAUAAAAACAGUUGAAUUGAGAGGAAAAAAAAUAAAACUUCAGAUAUGGGACACCGCUGGUCAAGAACGUUUCCACACUAUCACAACUUCUUACUAUCGUGGAGCCAUGGGUAUAAUGCUUGUAUAUGACAUAACAAAUGAAAAAACAUUCGAGAAUAUUGUCAAGUGGCUCAGGAAUAUUGAUGAACACGCCAACGAGGAUGUAGAAAAAAUGAUAUUGGGUAAUAAAAGUGAUAUGGAGGAUAGACGUGUUGUCAGUACAGAAAAAGGAGAAGCUAUUGCUCGAGAGCAUGGUAUCAGAUUUAUGGAGACUUCUGCGAAGGCAAACAUAAAUAUUGACCGUGCGUUUAGUGAAUUGGCAGAGGCUAUUUUGGACAAAACACAUGGGAAAGAACCACAAGACGCGCCUGAUCGCGUGACAGUCGAUCGUAGGGUAGAAAGGAGUUCGAAUCGGUGCUGCUAAUUUCAUAUUUUUUUUUUUUUUUUUUUUUUUUUUUACUAUUUAUUAUUUAUUAUAAACAACGUAUAUAAUAUUUAUAAUAAUAACCUCAUAUAUAAACUCGUGCCAGUUUAGAUUUGUGAUUAUAGGCUUAAUGCAUAUCGUGUCGUUUUAAGUUGCAUCACUAUUUUUUUUUGCAUCGAUGUUAGUAAUAUUUAAAAUUAUUAUUUUUUUUAUCGUCACUGCCCGAUUUAUUUAAAAAAAAACUUUUCUUGAUAUAAAUUAGUGUCAUUGUCAAGGCGAAUUAUUUUUUACAAUAUUCAGUUUUAUACUAUUGGCUGGUAUCAUUUUAUGGGAAUGUUUUUUUAUUAAAUUGCUUAAUUAGGUUUAAUGAGAAAUAAUUUAAAAACUUAA